CAUGAUGUCAGAGUUCAGUAAUUAGGUCAUGAUGGCAGAGUUCAAUAAUAAGGUCGUGAUGGCAGAGUUUGUGUCCAGGCAUAUACCUUCUACUGAAGACCCCACAUCUGAUCAUAAGUCCACUGAAAAGAAAGAGACAUUUAGGAUUUUCGACUCUGCAAAUGAGGAGCAAGAAGAACAACAGAAGUUAAUGGUGAAGAAGGAGAGGAGAGAUUUUGAAUCCCAUUCAAAUAUUCCAAAAGAGACUGAAAAGUUGAUGAACUGUAGUUCAGAUGAAAAUCAAACAGGGAAUUUAGAAAGGCAAAUGAAUACACAUAAAGAAAAUACAGUGUUUGCAACCCAUUCAAAUAUUCAAAAAGAGACUGAACUGUUAAAGAACUAUUGUUCAGAUGAAAACCAGACAGGGAAUGUACAUGUAGAAAGAUACACCAAUACACAUAGGGAAAAAGCAGCGUGUUCAACCAAUUCACAUAGUCAGAGUGAUGCUGGAAAGUCAUCCAACUAUAAUGCUAAUGAUAAUCAGACAAUGGAUUCAGAAAGAAAAAUCAUUGCACAAGCAAGUAAAACACCUUAUGAUUGUGACAUAGGCCUGGGUGGUAAAGUAUUCAGCAAUUCCAGUACCUCGCAUAGACACGUGACACAUUCAAGCUAUUCGCCCUUUAAUUGUGGUGUAUGUGCUAAAGCAUUCAAAGACUCAAGUUCCUUACGGAAACACAUAGGAAUCCAUACAGGUGAUAAACCUUAUAAAUGUGAUGUCUGUUUAAAGGACUUUAGCCAAUCAAGUAACUUAUGUAGACAUAAGAGAAUACAUAUUGGUAAUAAACCUUUUAAAUGUGAUAUUUGUGCUAAGUCAUUCAGCGAAUCAGAUUCUUUACACGAACACAUGAGGACAUAUACAGGUGAUAAACUUUAUAAAUGUGAUGCGUGUGGAAAGGCGUUCAGCCAAUCAGGCCAAUUACAAAAACAUAGAGGGACACAUACUUGUGAUAAGCCUUUUAAAUGUGGUGUAUGUGCUAAGGCAUUCUACGAUUCAAGUUCUUUACAGAAACACAUGAGGACACAUACAGAUGAUAAACCUUAUAAAUGCAAUGUAUGUGGAAAGGCGUUCAGCCAAUCAGGCCAAUUACAAACACACAUAAGGACACAUACUUGUGAUAAGCCUUUUGAAUGUGAUGUAUGUGCUCAGGCAUUCUACAAUUCAGGCUCCUUACAGAAACACAUAAAGAUACAUACAGGUGAUAAACCAUAUGAAUGUGAUGUGUGUGGAAAGACAUUCAAAAAGUCACAGAAUUUACAGAGUCACAUGAGGACACAUACAGGUGAUAAGCCUUAUAAAUGUGAUGUGUGUGGAAAGGCAUUCAACCGAUUAGAUGCCUUACAGGGACACAUGAGGAUACAUACAGGUGAUAAACCAUAUAAAUGUGAUGUGUGUGGAAAGGCAUUCAGCCGACCAGAUACCUUACAGGGACACAUGAGGAUACAUACAGGUGAGGAACCUUUUAAAUGUGAUGUAUGUGAGAAGACAUUCAAAUAUUUAACAGACUUAAAAAGACACAUGAGGACACAUACUGGAGAUAAACCUCAUAAAUGUGAUUUGUGUCAAAGAGCAUUUUGUAAAAAUUCGGAUUUAAAUAGACACCUGAGGAUACAUACAGGUGUAAAACCUUUUAAAUGUGAUGUGUGUGGAAAGGCAUUCAACCGAUUAUUUAGCUUAAAGAUACACACAAGGACACAUACAGGUGAAAAACCUUAGUAUUGUGAUGUUUGUAGGAAAUUAUUCACUACUAGUAUUUCAAGUACAUGGUGGCUCAUUCCAACGAAAAAGUAGAAUUUGAAGAUUUUCCUUUUUUUGAUUUUUUUAAUGAUUGUCCUUAAGUACAUUUGGAUGAAAUGAAUCAUGUAUGCUUAAAUAAGUUGUAUGUAUUUGAUUUAUGCAUGAUGUAUAUUCAUAUAAUUUGUAUUUAUUUUAAUUUUGUGUU